UAUUUUUUUCAAACCACAGAAGGCCACACUGAGCCCUGGUUCUUUAGAACAGAAGACAGGAAGCCAGGUGGACAAUUCAUAAGCAGCACGAGGAAAGACUGCGCUGAGGACAAGUCUGCUUUCACAAAGAAGAGUGGCAAACAUAAAUCUAGCCACAAUGAAACUGAGGAGCCACUCAAUGAAAAGAGCAAAACAUCUAGCUCAAAGGAGGAGUCCAGCCGCUCCAUUUACAAGACUGAUGUCCCCUUACCCAGCACAUACAACAGUCAUAGGCUAGAGGACUUUGGAUCAAAAUAUGAAGAGCUGGAUCUGCUGGGUGGAGGAGGUUACGGGACUGUCUACUUUGGAAAACACAAAGAAGACAAUGUCCGAGUUGUUAUAAAACAUGUUUUUCAGAAUCGUGUCGACCGCCUACCAAUGCUUCUUAAUGGUAAAAUGACCAAAGUUCCCGUGGAAGUGGCGUUGCUGAUGAAAGUUGGGGCAGGACCACAGAAUACAAGCAGCAAUGUUACCCCAGUACUACUGGAGUGGUUAGACUCAGUAAACGAACUUAUUAUGGUCUUUGAAAGACAGAAAAAAACCAUCGAUUUGGAUGUGUAUCUGCAAUGCAGAAACAGGUUUCUGCAUGAGAGUGAGGUUAAGAAUAUAAUGAGAAAGCUGGUAGAUGCAGCUAUUGAGAUGCAUUCCAGGGGUGUAUUUCAUCGGGACAUUAAGGCAAACAACAUUGUGAUUGAAGUAUCAGCUGAUCUCUCAAUGUAUCGACAAGUGAAAUACAUUGAUUUUGGCUGUGGAGCCACUUUUACUCCAGAAGCAGUCACUCGAAGAAGUAAGAUAACUCUGGACUUGUAUGAAUCCAACGUGAAUACAGCACUGCAUCACAGUUUUGCAGCUAGGCACUGUGAUGGAUAAGCUGUUGCAUUACAUCCUCCCAGACACCUCCACCAAAUCGAAAUCUAGGACACGUAGCGACAUUUCAGACGACUGCAAGGAUUUUCUGUCAGGUUCUCUGAACCAGAUCCAUAAAGACCGCCUAACCCUGGAGGAACUUAAAAAUCAUCCUUGGCUCAACUGACGUCUCUACUCUGACAAAUACAGGGUCAUGGAGCAGAAGCUCCAACAGAGAAGUAUUUAUUAAAAUUAAAUAGCCAUGUUGUAAUUCUGUGCAUUUCAUUACCAGAAUAAACUGAUUCACAAGCAAAUUAUUUGAUUCCUUGGAUUAGCCUUUAACCCUUGGGGUACAUUUUCCUAUACCAUCAUAUGUUUCUGAGGUUUACAGUUCUUUGUGGAUCAAACCAGCUAAAUUCUACAGUUUAUAAGCACAUAUAUGUAUGUUGUAUUUUCUUUUGUGUUAAUACAAUUUAUUAACAAAUAAAAGCAUCGAUGCAAUACAAGAUACAAUUCAAAAUGUAUAAAACAAUAACAUAAAAAAUAAACAUCUCAAACUGUGUUGAAAGUCAAAAGAAGAGGCUGGUCUUGAGAGCGGAAUAAAAAAAUGGGCAGUGAAGAAGCCCGGUAACGAAUUCCAUAAUUCCCCACGAUGAGAGGAAAGCAUUGGUAACCGUUCCUCUCCAGGAGGACUAAGAAAAUGUUUGACUAAAGCGUGAACAACAUAAUCACAAUAAUUUGAUUCCUUUUAUCACUGAGCCACAUUACAUAUACAAUCAUAUUGCUGUGCAUCUUUGCGAUUUACUGUUCUUUGUGUAUUAUGCCAGCUACAUUCUACAAUUUAUAGCCACAAUGCCAAUGCAUCCCUGUGUAUAGCAAUUUAACCCCUUCUACUCUCUGUCCCACAUUGGCUUAACUUCUGUAUGCUUACAUAGAUGUCACAUCCUGCAUUAAGUUAAACAUGUGAACACUGCUGCUUCCCCUGUGGGAUAGGCUCCAGCCCCCCUUCCACAAGCCUGAAUUUGAUAAGGAGAAGAAAACAGAUGGAUGGAAUAUUAAAUAGACACAUUUUAAGAAAGAGGUUCUCUAAUGUGAAUAUUAACUAGA